UUCAUUUUGAUAUCGGCAAAGAUGAAGGUCCUCUCCCUUUGUGCGCUUGUCUCGCUGGUUUCACGCUGCACUGCGACCAUUUACGAAAAUGGUCACGAGCGAGAAACGCACUUUGUGAACACCAGGAUCCCUUCCCUCGGCACGAACGAUACAGAGUGGACGACGUACGGUCCAAACGCCACCGAACUCUCCUACAAAGGACGAUGGGAUGAUAAGCAUAUCUCUUGGUGGGCUGCACCAGGCCUCAAGUUCGCCUUCACUGGGGAAUCCGUCGCCAUCACCUUCGGCCCUCACACGACCAACACGGUCCUCGUCGCCUACCGAACUGCAGGUCUUGAUUGGCAACUCUCCAAUAUCACCACCAACGCGACACAUCAAUUCGUCUCUCCCUCGACGCCAGGCCUCAAUGCUACGCUCCCCUCUCAACUCCCGCUCACCUUUGAGCUGCGAGUGACUAAUUGGGCGUACGGGGUCCAGAUUAAUGCCGUGCAUUUGGCCAAGGGCGAGAAAUUGAUCAAGGUCCCAGAGUUUUCGAGAAGAAUCGAGUUCAUUGGAGAUAGCUUGCAGAGCGGAUACGGCGCAGUAUAUGAAGCCCUGUCAGGCUUCGGCUAUACCGUCGGCGCAGGUCUAGGCUCUACCGAAUUCAGCAUAACAGCAUACCCAGGCAUCUGCCUCCAUGACGCCAACUGCUGGGGCAACCCUCGAGGCCAAACGUACCAAUUCUUCCGCACAUCCGAUACAUCCCCCCGCGCAGCAGCCCUCUACAACUCCACACCCCCACUCUACGACUUCUCCUCGCAACCCACAAAGACCGACUUGGUGAUUAUAAUGAUCGGCACAAAUGACAACAACACUGCGAACCCCGUCCGCGGAGACUCGUACUAUCGCUCCUACCUCUCCUUCGUACCCGAGCUCCACACCACCUUCCCCUCCGCUGACAUUGUGAUCAUGAACCUCUGGGGGAAUUUCGUCCGGCAGGGUAAUACGUGGGUGCAGCAGCCGAAAUUCAUCGACGAGAUCCGCAAGGUCUACGAUGUGUUGAAGGGGGAAGGGUAUCCUGUGCAUUUCUUCGAUACCAAGGGGAUCUUGCAGCAUAAUGAUAUGGGCCCGACUUUCCACCCGACGGAUGCGGGGCAUUUGAAGAUUGCGGCGCAUUUGAUACGGUGGAUUAAUGUGAUGUUUGGGUGGGAGUUGGACGCUACGGGCCCGGAGGUGCAGCAUGAGACUACGUAUUGGAAUGAUCAGGUGAAUUAUUGA